AUGACUCAAAAGAAAAAUAGACAUGUAUUAAACUGGACACCUGAAGAUGUUGUCAAAUGGUUGCAUAAGUAUGCCAGCCCAGUUGGUCCUAAGUAUUCGGAUCUAUUUGAAGCGAACAAGAUUAAUGGUAUGUGUUUGCGCCUAAUGACGGACGAAUGGCUGCUGCGACUAGGAAUAUCAGACCAAAGUGAUAGAUCAGCACUCAUGAGUCAUAUAUACCGUAUGCGUUUAAAGUAUGAUUCUUCUGACCUUUCAGAUAUGCUCAAAAUUGGUUAA